AUGAACAAACUCGACGAGCUGAAGCAUAACAUCACCGAGGUGGCGUUGAAGAACGGUGAAAAGCAAACAUCUACCAACGGCGCCGUCUCCCGCGGACCGAGCCCCAACCGUGGUGCCUCUGUUCGCGAUGUCGACGCCCAAGGCCCAGACUCGGAGAGCAAGCGCGAGUGGCAGAAGAAGCGCGGCAUCGACCUCUCCAAGCAGGUCAGAAUCACCAAAUUGAGCCACAUGCGCUAUCAGCAUCCCGACCUGAACAAGAUCACGACGUUUUUGAGAGACUUUGGCAUGCAUGUGGUCAAGAAAGGCGAGAAUGAGCGUUGGUUCCGUGGCUAUGGCCCCGACCAAUACGUCUACUACGCCCGCCAGGGUCCCAAGAAGUUCCUGGGUGGUGCUUUCGAAGUCGAGUCCAAAGAAGAACUCGAGAAAGUGACCAAACUCCCCGGCGCCACGGUCCUGACGAACGGUAUCGAAGAGAUGACUGACGCCCCUGGAGGCGGGUAUAUCGUCACCAUCGCAGAUCCAGAGGGAUUCAAUGUGAAUUUCAUCUAUGGACAGGCAGAGGUCAAGGAGGAGAGGCAGAAGCCUGGCAAGUUACUUGUGAACGACGAGACGGAUAAGCCCAGAGCCAAGGCUUUCCAGAGAUUUGAGCCUGGACCAGCCGCUGUCCACAAGCUGGGCCAUUUUGGCAUCAACGUUGACAACUUCCCGGAGACGAUGGACUGGUACACACGCCACUUCAACCUCUACCCAAGCGACAUUCUCUACGUGCCCCAAGACUCCAUUGACCCCGCCACCGGCAAGCCGGCACGCAAGGAAGUCGGCCUCUUCGCCUCCAUCGACCGCGGCCAGAAAUGCGUCGACCAUCACACCUUCUUCAUGACCACCACCGUCCCCGGCAAGGACAAACACGUGCACCACUCCUCGUACGAGGUGCACGACUUUGACACUCAGCUCCUGGGUCACCAAUGGCUCGCAGAGAAGAAGUACGAACCCGUCUGGGGUGUCGGGCGACAUAUUCUCGGCUCACAGAUCUUUGACUACUGGUGGGACGUGUCGGGGUUCAUGGUCGAGCAUUACGCCGAUGGAGACCUCGUUAAUGAGGACACACCGGUUGGGUAUGGACCCGCAGAGCACGAGGGUCUGGCGGUUUGGGGUCCCGAGGUGCCGCAGACGUUCUUGGAGUAG